AUGGCGCAACCGGCGACGCCGCAGGGCUUCUACGAGCUCUACAGAGGCACUUCCAUCGGCGUCGCUCUCGCAGAUACGCUUGACGAUCUCAUCAGCAGCCGUCGUAUCGAGCCGCAGCUGGCGAUGCGCAUCAUGGCCAACUUCGACCAGCACAUCGCCUCCGUUCUCGGUGAAAAGGUCAAGGCGCGAAUGACCUUCAAGGGUCACCUCGACGUGUAUAGGUUCUGCGACGAAGUCUGGACAUUCAUCAUCAAGGACGUCAAUUUCAAACUCGACAACAACACACAACAGCUUCAUGCGGACAAGAUCAAGAUUGUGGCUUGUCAGUCGAAGGUCGCGGAGAAGACUUAG